AUGAGCAACGCCAAGCAUGUGUUUGGCUGCUUGCUUGUGUUUGCAGUGAUAUGCUCGGUCAUGCUGUACUCUACCAACACUGAAUCUGACGCACGACCGCAGGCACCCGUGGAAACAGCAGACCCACAGCGAGUGGCUCGACCAGAGCAAACGGAGCCGACGCCAUCCAGGUUCAUUGCGCGGUCGGAGCUCGUAUUCGGCCAGCUGGAUGCUCAAAGGCUCAUGAACAACAGUGCGUGGGUGUCGCCAUCGGUUGUCCGCUUGCACGACGGGCCCGACGGUUGGCCCCGUCCAUGGACCGCGCUCACGUUUUCCGGAACAAUGCGCUCCUUCAAGUAUCCCGCCCUACUCGAUUCGCUGCGCAAGAACUUGCUGGCUGCACUCGGUGGUACCAUCUUGAUUUUUUCUAACAGCCGUCUGGAAGACUGGCCUCGGUCGGGUCUUGGCUGUGCAAACAGUCAGGAAGAUCUUUUCGACGCGUUGCGCGAUUUGUUGCCAGGCAAAGCCGAGCAUUUCGUUGUCUGGCGGUCGUUUCAAGUUCCCGAUCCCAUGUGGACGCACAAUUGUGCAAGCCGCCCUUCCUUGAUUCAAUCGCUUUCAAUUCUCGACAGUUACUCACUCGCCCUAGACUACGAGAACCAAGUUGGUGUCAAGUUUGACUGGAUUGUACGAGCACGCCCCGAUGUCGGCUUUCCGGAACCGCUGCCGUCGCUCGCAUCACUCAAUGAGUCGGUCUUCGUACCCGGCAACUCAGAGCACCAAUUGAGCAACCAGUUUGCGAUUGUUCCUCGCAAGUUCUCGGACGUAUUUUUGCGGUUACCUCCGGUUGAAAUUGAAUGCGCGGCCAACAAUGACAACGAUCGCCUGCGCCUGUGGCUCGAUGCAAACAACAUUCCGUACUAUCGACACAAGGCAAUCCACUUUACGAUUGUUCGCGCAUACUAUGGCGCCGAAUGCUUUCGGUCGUGUGGUGGCUUUGGUGUCGGCAGCCAGUGUGAGCUUCGGAAGGUGUGCGAAGCCAUGUUUGGUGAAAUCACCAAUGACCGGAAAUCCAAGAAACUUGACGCGCAGCUUUUGAUCAGCGAAUUGAAGACCCCGCAUGCAGGGUGCAGCAACAAAGCGUGGAAGCGCGCCGUCCACAUUGCGCUGGGCGUGCUAGCCCUUGUUGUUGUGCUGCGUCUGCUUCGACCAUCGGCCGUGGGCUCGGCGGCGGACUUGCCCCAGACCAGCGGCGGCGAAGCGGGCGCAGAUGACGCGUUGCCAGCAGGGUGCUUCCCGACCACCACGCACCAAGGCGCCCUCUCAGCUGCCGCCGCCGCUGCUGCUGCUGCUGGUGGUGACAACAGUGAGAGCGCCGCGCUCAUUGCCGAGCAGAUUGCGGCGGUGCCGUUCAAGUGCAUGCGCGCCACGCUGCAGGACCACCUGUUCGACGCUCCCAUUGGGGUGCUGCGGAUCUUUGUCUACGAGGAGCUGCUGCCCUCCGGGGACCUGCUCCGAGACCACUGCGCGGCGGUCGGUGCCAGUGCAGAUGCUCACUUUGCCAAGCGCGCAGAGGAAAAGUACUUUUUGGACUGGCUGGCAACGUCCAAGCACGCCACCAAAGACCCGAGCGAGGCUCACUUUUUCAUCAUCCCGACUCCCAUCGAGUGUCUCUUUGCAAUCGAGGACGACGCGUCCCUUCCCGCACUCGAGGUCGUUCAGACGUUCAUUCGUACGCUUGAUUACAGCAAGCACAAUGGUGCAGACCACGUCCUGUUCACAUCCUCCAUGGCCGAUCGCGCGCAGACGGAGGUCUUUCACGAACAGUCGAAAAACGAGUACUACUCGCCGAUCGCAGAGCACUUUCCAGCCGCCAUUCUGCUGUCAACGGAGACCAUGUACACGCAGUGGUUUGAUCCCACGCGCGACAUUGUGAUUCCCCAUGCCAUCGACCUUGACUCGCACCUGGACGCCAUCAUCACGACCGAAAGCGAAGAAAACAUUCAUGCAGCACGCCCUCUGCUCCUCACCUACAUCGGUCCAGCCAUCGGUUGCCCUGAACGCGCGCGCGUUCACGAAAGCAAAAAGUGGCUCACGGAUUAUUACAGGCCGCUUGUCAAGAUCACGGACGAAGUCACCGAUCUUGCUGAGGCUGCCGCCAUCUACCGCAACUCGUCGUACUGCUUUGCCAUCGGGGCCGAGACGCCUUCUACGCGACAACUCUAUGAGGUGAUGGGAGGCGGCUGCAUUCCCCUAUUGCUCACUCGCAACUUUUUGCUUCCCUUUUCCAACCACAUUGACUGGGAGCUACUGACGAUGCGGUACAUGUCAUCGAGCAUCAAGUCUGUUGCGCUGCCGUCCCAUCUCGAAACGCAACUGGCCAGCCUUUUGCCCAAACGUCGGCGUCUUGUGCGGCGCGCUCGGGCGGUUCUCUUCUACGGGCUCGAACGUCCGUCGCCGCCGGUUGCUUCGUUCGCCCAUGAUGAUCCAAACCACCGCCGUCGUGCCUAUUACACUGGCCCCAGUGGUAUGAUUGUCCGCGAGCUUGCUGAUCGCUUCUGCAAGUACUUGCUUUGAGUUGUGAUGUCGCGUCGCUUUUUGCCUCAACAAAAAACAACAACAAAAAAAAGUUUGGUCGGCGUACAUUUGCAGCCUUCCCACCC